AUGGGCGCGGCAGUGGCUAAUGAAAUAUACGCGGACAACUUCAAUAUCCAGCUGGAGUUUGUAUCAUCCGAUUUGGUUCAAACUUGUCCGGAUAUUUCCCCAAAUUUCUACCAAAUUGCGGACCGAUAUUAUGGCGUACCAGACGAAGAAUCGCGCGUCCUGGCGGUUAUGUACGCAGGGUGUGACCAAGCCACAACAGCAGCUGAAUUCGGGCGAGAAUGGAAUGUUUUAACGAUGAAUAUUGGAACUACCUUUUCCCAGUUCCGAAACCGAACAACGUACCCAACCACGAUCGCUUUCGGUCCUGGCCAGUACGAAAUAUACGGUGUUAUGGUGGGCCAGUUGAGUAUCGCGUACAGGUGGACGAGUGUCGCCGUUAUCUAUGAUGUCUCUGGGGUGAUUUUAUUCCACUUACGGGUGGGCCAGGAUAUUUUCCGCUACAUGCGUCAGCGUUAUGAACAUAUCGAUGUUCAUGCAUUUCCGGUUAAUUUGACAACGAGCGUGGAUUUCCCGUCGAUAAUUAGAGAAAUUUCUCUGCAUACUCGAAUGAUCUUUUUUGCGAUACCUUCCAAAUCUACGCAGCAGUUUUUGGUUGCCUUUGCGGAAUCCGGUGAACUGAGAGAAGAAUACGUGUUCCUCUAUAUGGAUUAUGUGGGAAGCAUCAAAAGUCCCCUAUAUUACAACUAUACAGACACUAAUGAUGUCACUUCUGCAAUGUGGAAGUCGGUCUUCGUUGUUACCAUCUGUUACGAUCAUCCCGAUACGAUUAAGGAGCUUCGACAAGCUUUAUAUAAACUUGCCGUGGCCAAGUACAACGCCACAUUCGUUGGUCCUGACCCAAACGAGUACAUUACAACAGCGUAUACAGCGGUUCUUGUUUACGCUCAAGUCUUGAACGAAACAAUCAACGCCGGAUAUGAUCCGCGUGAUGGCAGCCGCUUAGCCGGUGCUAUGCUGGACCGUACCUUCACGUUUCCCGCUGUGGGAAGCGUGUAUGUCGAUGAAAAUGGCGAACGGCAGAAUACAGUCUGCCUAAAAAAUUUCCAACCGCAACUACAGCGCUUUGAAAGAGUCAGAUAUUUCGAUAGUGCCACAAAAACUCUGCUCAAUGUUUCUGAUAUGGUCGUCUACUGGGGAACACAGCAAAACUUACCGCCGUCUGGUACACCUGUAUGUGGUUUCAUGAAGGAUGAAGGACCUUGUGCCAGGCUAGGUUCGGCGACCAUUGGUGGCAUUGUCUGCGGGAUAAUUUUGAUUGUUCUGAUCUUGGUUUGCAUAAUUCCGCCUUUUCGCCGCUUGCAGAAACCGAUCGUUGAUGAAAACUGGUGGGUAGUGGAUUUGCAUUACUUGAGCCGAGCAGUGGAAGUCGGCAGUAGCGAAAUUUCCGGACGUAGUCACCCGUACUCGUUCAAAUCCAAUUUGUUGAUCAACGCACCCAUGCGCUACCGCGGGAUACACGUGUGGGCAAAGGCUGUACAAAUCAGUAAACGCACGGUAUUACUGCCAUCGAGUAAUGGAAUUAUCAACAUCAGACCGGAGUUCCGCCAGCUGAUUUCAGAGAUUCGCUUACUCUCAAAGCAAUACGCCAAUAUCAACCCAUUAAUCGGCAUCGGACUCGGGCCCAUUCGCUUAACGUAUCUGACCGCUCUUUGCCAAAGGGGAAAUCUCGGUGACCUUAUCGAGGAAGUGUCACUAGACUGGGGAUUGAAAUGCUCGCUGAUUGCUGAUCUCGUUGAAGGUGUUGCUGCGAUUCAUCGUACCACGAUUCGUCGCCACGGUCAUUUGCGUCCCUCAAAAUGUCUGAUCGACAGCCGCCUGGUUCUAAAGAUUAACGAAGCCGGGUUUUAUGAUACGCUGCACGAACUGCAAGUUGAACUGAUCAACCCCAAAAACUUCGAAGCUAUUGGAGAGAUUCUACAUAAUGCGUGGGUUGCACCGGAAUUAAGGAUUCAGCUCAUUGAAAGCGCCACAUUUGCGCAUAUUGCAAUGCAAGCCGAGCCGCCGGCUGAUGUGUACGCUGUCGGCGGACUGAUUAAUUAUGUACUCUCAAAUCACACCGAGACAACAGGUACAUAG